AUAUAACCAAACCACCAAAUGUGUGUAGUUUUGUGUGUGUACGUGCAUGCAAACACACACACACUCAAACACAAUCUAUAGCCUAGCCUGUGGAGGGUGUGAAAGCCUUUGGGUUUGAUCCUGUGUUCAUGAACCAGUGGAAAACAUAUCUAGGGAAGAAAGUGCCACCAAGAGUGGGCGGUGGAGAUCAGAGAACAAGACAAAAGCGUGGGUCUGUGAACGAUAUUGUCCUGCAGAAUUUAUCUGAUCGUGAUGGAUUUACGAACGUGGAAUUUUCUCCUGUUGGUGCUGCACAGCAAUUACCUCCUGACUAACACUGACCAAACAGUUUUCCGGACUCGAUUACUAGCCAGCACCAUCUUCCAGCGGGCUAAACGUGCCAACACCUUUCUUGUGGAGGAGAUCUUGCAGGGCAACCUGGAAAGAGAGUGUUUUGAGGAGAGAUGCAGCAAGGAGGAGGCCAGGGAGGUCUUUGAGGACAACCAGAAAACGGAAGAUUUCUGGACAAUAUACUAUGAUGGAGAUCAGUGUAAACCGCAUCCUUGUGAACAUGGUGGUACCUGUAAAGACAAGAUAGGAGGCUACAGCUGCAUCUGCACAGACACCUACAGUGGCAUCAACUGUGAAAAGGAUGUUUCCGAAUGCCCUUCUGGAGGCCCUUUGGCUUGUGAACACUACUGCAAACCCAUGCAUGGAUCCUUCCGAUGUUUCUGUGCCAAAGGCUACACCCUUCACAGCGAUGGGAGGAGCUGCGUCCCUCAGGUUCAGAAUCCCUGUGGGAAAAUGCAGAUCACCUCUGAAAGACCUGCCAGCCUGAACAGCAACCAAAAUGAUCCCAGCGACAAUGUCUGUCCUCAAGGGAAAUGUCCAUGGCAGGUAACAUUUGUGGAUGCUGAUGAUAAUGUGGUGUGUCAUGGCGUGAUCCUUGGAAAGAAGUCUGUACUAACAACAGCGGGAUGCAUGACAACAGAUAAACACCUGUACAUGGUCUUUGCAGGUCAACCUAAUGAAAAAAGAAAUGCUUCCCACGACACAACAUGGACUUUUCCUAAGCGGUAUUCAUCUGGCCAGCCUGAUGAUGACUUGGCUUUUCUGCAGCUGAAGCAGCCAGUCCCUCUGAGUCUGGACAUCAUACCCCUCUGCCUCCCAGAGAAGGACUUCAGUGAGAAUGUCUUGAUGAAGACUGACAGGGAAGGUGUGUUGGCCAACGGGGCCAGCCAUCCCUCAUACCUCUCACUGGAAGACUGCCAGGACAAACUCAACCUGACCUUCUCUUUGACCAAUAAGAUGUUCUGUAUGGAGGAGCGAGUACCUGCAGGGGGUAUGAGAUUACGUUCACAGCAGAGAAGGGCUCAGUGUGAUCUUAAGUCAGGGACUCCUGUAGCUACAGUGGAGGGAAAUACAGCUUUUCUAACUGGGAUGUCUCUAAUUCAAAGUGACUGUGAUCAGGGACUUGUGUUCACCAAAGUCUCCAGAUAUCUGCACUGGAUACGUCCACUCCUGCUCCGGUCAGAGGCAGAGAAGAGCUGACGUCUGAGGCCAGGAACUAAUAAAUGCCAAUAUUCCACACUUUUGUAACAAUAAAAUAAAAAAAACAUAAAAACUA